CAAAAUUUUGCGGUAACAGAACAAAAUAAAAUAUCGCUCAACCUAAACAAGCGAAAUAAUACAGCGAAAUCGCGAGGUAACCCUCUACAAUAUUUCAUUUUUAUCUUGUUUUAACAUUCGAUAACUAAUAUACAUAUUAGGUAAUAUUACAGAAUGCAUAUUUUCUAUUUUACACAUGUGACUUGCCUGAUAUUCUGUUGUAUAUAUAUAAUUGUUACCUAACUGACUACCAUUUCCAGUUUGUAAAUUCACUUACCGCGGCGGUAAGCGAUAUAAUAGUGCAUGCAGCGAAAAAAAAUAAUUUCGCUGCAGGUUUUGCGGUAGAAAUUUCGCUUUGGUAUGAGGUUUCUCAUUUAAAUAAUAUAUGAAAACAAGUGUUCGCUGCCGCUAACACUCUGAUUUCAUAAUACAAUUUAAUAAAAUAGGUAUACGAUAUUAUACUUAGCAUCUAUAUGACAAAUGAACAUAAUUUUAGAAAUGUAUCUAGAUGUCGUUAAAUUCGAAGUUGUAAUUUGUACAUUUAAUAUAGGCACUAAAGUUGAUUUAAUUUUAUGUAUUACAUAAUAUAAUAUUAUACAGAAAAAUUUAUUAAUCAUGCUAUGGACUCACCAUUAGAGACAUUUCGUGACAUCUGUUGAUUAAUUCGUUCACAAGAUUAUUUAUUAUUGAAUGUGUCAGCAGAGUUCGCGCGUGUCAUACCUUAUCAAAAAAAAAAAAAAAAUAGCCAAGUAUAAAAAAAAAAUGAUAAGAAACUUUUUAAAAGUUUAUGCUUCUCACUUCUCUAAUCAUUAGUUCUCUCAGUGUCAAGAUUUUAAAGAAUUUCCUGUACUGUUGUUCAGUUUUCUGAUGAUAAAGUGAGUUUUUGUAAAUAUUUUAUUGUCUAUUAUUUAUCACUGUAUUGUUUUGGAUACAUAAUACAUAUAAAUAUAUAUAUUUUUGUUUGUAGAAUUAGUUCUAAAUUUUUUAAUAUAUGCCGAAUGCCGGAACCAUCCAUUCCCAAGCCGUUUUUGAGAGUAGUUGUUAAAGGUAAAAUAACCACUGAUUUUUUGUUUUAUGAUAUUAAUUUUUGUUUGAAUUGCAUGAAUUAAAUAACAUUAUUUAAUUACCAAUUAAGAAUGGUUACUGAAAGUUUAGUAAAAGUAUUAAAGAAAACAAAAAUCACACGCACAGGCAUAAUUGGAAAAUUCUCUACAAUUUUGGUUGGAAUUACUUUUGUUAAUAAUAUGUGAUAUGUAAACAUCUGAUAUUUGUUACCAUUUUGACUAUGUAUUAAUUUUUUUUGUGAAGUGUGUUUACUAAAUUUUUCAGUGCAAGAAAUUUGUUCAUAGUCUUCAUUUUGAAUAUUGGUACAAUACAAAAAGUUAUUAUGUUAUAAUAGAAUUAAAUUAUAAUAGGUAUUUUGAUACAUUUGGAAAGUGCUUCACAUUACUAGAGUUUCCGAAUACUACCAUUUUCAACUAAGUGUUCCGAUAUCUUGAGGAAUAUUCUGAACUUUGAAGUUUCAUAAAAAGAAUAUGAAUCAUAUUUUAUUUUUACAAAAGUUAUAUUUAAGGAGGGGAAAGGUAGAAUAAUUUACAAUAUUUUGUCCUGGCACUUUUUUAAACCAAUAUAGUAACCUAACAUAAUAUAAUAAAAAAAGAUAUGGACAUACUUCGCACGAUAGGUGAGCCACUGUUGUGAGAAGUUGAGAAUGUGGAGGGGAAAUUUAAUGUAUAUUUGUAUGCAAAGAUUAACUAUUGCUAAUGAAAAACAAUCCCGAGCAGAGUUUGGCUAAUUGUGUUGUUUUGUCAACAAUAUAUAUGUAUAAAAUAAUUACAUAUGCAUUAUAUAUUUUCUUUAAUAAUAUUUGUUUAAUAUUGUACCUUUUUUCCCGGUUUUCCUCAUUUAUUGGGAAAAUCGUAAAAUGACCAUUACAUUCCGAACAAAUUUGUUGGUAGAAAGUUGUUCAGAUAAAAAAAAAAUAAACAUUAUUGUAAAACUAAUACAUUCCUCACUCUGCUCAGAAUCUAAAAUACAAUAUAUAAUUUAAAUAUUAAAAACAAUUUACACUUAUUUCAUACAUUUUACUUAUGUAAUGUGAGGUUAAAUAAAAUUUAGGUUUUUGUAUACUGUAAACUGUAUUCAAUAUUUUAACUGGUGAAUUAUUUAUUGUUAAUAAGUAAUUAUAUUUCUUUAAAUUGGUUGUUGUAGACGUUCUUGGAGUAGCACAAUGGCGAUGGGUGGCGAAUGACGAUACUUGUGGCAUUUGUCGAGUGGCGUUUGAGGCCUGUUGUCCAGACUGCAAGUUUGCUGGUGACGAUUGUCCUUUGGGUAUACUAAUAAAUUAUAAUUACUGAACUGUGCAAAUGAAUAUACAUUUAUAGUUGAUACUAUUUUGUUUUAGUUUGGGGUCAGUGUUCACAUUGCUUCCACAUUCAUUGCAUAAUGAAAUGGCUCAACGCCCAGUCCGUACACCAUCAGUGCCCGAUGUGUCGCCAGGAGUGGAAAUUUCGAGAGUAGAAUCUGAUUUAUCAUCACCCUUAUCAUUGUCUUACGAUUCUGAACUACCUCCUCUCCCUGAAAGCCUUAGUCAUUUAAGUUUGUAUGAUGUACCACCUCGUUCUAAACCUGAACCUGUUCGGCGUAACUCACCUAAACCAACAGAACUUGUCGGAUCUCCUAAAACACGUCAAUCUCCAUUACCAACGGAACAUUCUGAAAAACGACCAAUUGAAAAACCACCAGUUCCACCAAGAAAACCAUCAUCUGUUGAUCUAAAACUUGCUAAUCUUCGUAAUGAAAUGGUAUGUUAUAAAAGAUAAUAAAUCACCUAGUUUUGUUAUAGGUUUUGAUAUUUUAUUAUUUAAGGCAAGCUUACGUCAAAUGGAUCUACAAUUACUGGCUCAGUUAAGGCAGCUCAAUGAUUCUAUUAGUUCAUAUAGGCAAGAAUUAAUUAUGAACAUGGAUUCUUAUUCAUCGUCAGACACUGAUGGCUCUGAUUCUACAUCAGUGUAUUCAAAUUUAACUCCAAGCAGUUUUGAUCUUUCUCGUUCCUCAACAAACUCAACUCCCAAACGCCCACCGACAUCUACAGAUUUAUGAAUAUGUACAAUGUUAUUUAAAUUAUCAAGCUUCUUUAUGUUAAUUUUUUAAAAUUAUUAUUAUACAACAUUUGUACUGUAUUGUGUAAUUUAAGUGAAAUAUCUAUAAUUGUUGUAAAAUUGAAGACAAUAAAAUAUACUAACUUUUCUCAAUAUUUCUGAAUCAAUAAGUAUCUUAAUCAUAUUGGCAUAUAAUAAUUGUACUCCUGUGGCAUAUUUGAGAGGAGGGCGUUAAAUUAAUUUGUGUAGGGACUUUUUGUCAUUUUGUAAAAAAAACAAAAAUCUUAGAAUCUCCUUUGAAAUUGAAUGUUAGCGUUAUUUCUGCUAGAAAAGUGUCAUCAGAUACAAAAACACUUCACGG